AUGUCUCAACUCGAAGCAACUCAACACCGCACUGAUGAAUCUUCAUCUGAUGAGAGGACUGGAUCCACGCGCAGUGUCAUUCAAGGGUCAAUUUCUAAUCCUAUUCAAUGUCAGGCUACCAGUGCGACUGAACCAAGACUGUGCCAUUCCACUCACAAAGUGGAAGGGGUCAAGAAUGCACAGCUUGAAAACCAGGCGCUGAAGGAAAGACUGCGCGCUGUGGAGGAACAGAAUACGGUACUAUUGGCCAAUAAGGGUCGCCGCAAGAAGGACAUUUCUGUUUCCGAAGAUAUUCUAGCCUUUGAAGUGGAACUCAAGGUCUGCGCAAAACGAUAUGGUCUCACAGUCAACAUGUUCCCUCCACCAGCAGCCCUGCUCAAAACGACACUUCCCAACCCUGCACUGCCAUUCAAUACAGCUGCUCGGUACACCACGAAAGGUUCGCAGGAGAUCGCAGUUCUGGCGGAAUUGUACAACAUGCUCCCUCAGCACCUGCAUCAUCUGGUGCCGAUGAAUCAUUUUUUCAAUGUGUUCUCCAAGGCAGUCUGUGCUGGCCGCGCCUCCGAGCUUAAACAGCUCAGGAGUGUCACUGGCCAGAUUUUUGAACUUCCCCAACAUUACUUUGCCAUCUCACACACUCAUGACACAGAACCUGAGAUCCAGCAGCUCCUUGGUAUCACUGGCAAGGCCGGCAAGUCAUAUCCCCUUUUGCCACCUCUAUUGUUUCCAGGGAAUAUUAUUGAUCGCAGUCGUAAAACACUGUUUGGUAACUGGCAACCUAUAGCUAAGACACUGGCCUGCUGCCUCAAGGGCAGGACAUCACUCUCUAAUGGGAGCAGACAACAGGGCGGUGCUCCACCCAAUGCAGUCAAGUGGGGUGUUAUGGCGGUAACGCCCGGGGCUAUGGCUUGGGCGCUCGUUGCAAACAUCUUUAUGUUAUCACCUGACCAGGAAUUUCCCCAAGAAGGCAAGGGGAAGACCUCGAGAAUUAACUACAGCACGGUCUUUGCGUUCUUUAAAGAACUUCUGGUCUGCGACUGGGAGAAGCCUCACCUAAAGGAGAUUACAAAGCAUAUCAAUACCUUCGUUUUUGAACAUGCUUCUCGCCCCUCUCACGAUCUUAAUAGCAGGGAUUCCACUGAUGAUCUUCAAGAAGAGAUGCACUUUGCUCAACUUGGAUUGGCGGCAGAUGCAGAAGAGGACCCAUCUGACCCUGACCUGGACACGAGUAUCGAUGUCCUCGCUAAAGCUGCGGGAAUGAUAACUAUAGUGUCAGCCCUCACUACAGCAAGCCACUCUUCAUCAGUCAGCAGCAGUCAGCCGGUUUUUCACAAACCAGUAGCGGAAACAGAGGUGAUAGUAAUUGAAGAGACUGAUAUUCAGAAGAUGAAGUCUAAAGCAGGUCGGCCCAAAAAGUCGAAGGUGGUGUGGGAAGGGGAUAAUGGUCCAGGUGAAUCUGUCCCCCAGCGACGCGGCCGUUCGAAGAAAUAG